AUGUAUAAUUUUUUGAACACCCAAAUCGACAAAAUCAGCAAGCUCCUCUUUUCAUGCUCAUGUCUUCUCCUUGUCACGCAGAUUUUCUCCAUCAGCGUCGGCGUCAAGUACGGAGUUUACUUUGCAUUGGAAGUGUUUCUCAGUGGAAUAGCGAUUUCGAUAGUGCCUGGCAUAGCUGGAUGGCUGGGAAUAACGCAGGCUAAAAAAGAGCAAGGGCCUGAUUUCUACAUCAGCUUCAAAACGGUUGCCUGCGUGGGAAAUUUUGCUGGAUCUGUCGCGGUUGUUGGCUUUUUGCUUUUCGCGACAUAUUUGGGAGCUGUCGCUUAUAGUCUGUCAACCUGGGGUGGAUCUAGAUAUUGGUUUGGAAUGUCACAUCCUAUGAAAUGGGCUUAUCUCUCUAUGCUGGUUAUUGAAUGGUUCCUUAUGACGAUUAUUAUGUCUGUCUCCUUCGUCCUUGCAAAUUACUUUGGAUGCACAUGCUGUUGCCAGGAUCCAUCGAACUCUGUGGCAAUCGCUCCGGUUGUCGUUCAGGAUGCGCCUCUUACCGUUGUCACUGUUCGUGAGGAGCCCUCAUCCGAAAAGGCAGAAGAGAUUCAGGGUUUCUGA